UCCUCUCAUCUUGCAUGAUGUAUCUCAGUUUAACGCAUGAAACAGAAAGUUCUGCUGAAGAACAAAAACCUUGCAGCCUGAUCCGGUUCGGUUCGGUUCUGCUGUCACAACAAACUGAUUGAAUUCAAGGAUUUCAAACUUGAAUCUUUAUGUUGAAUGAACUUUUCUAGAUGAUCAGUUUGACUUUGGCGGAUGGUUUUUUUGCGCAGGUUUGCGGUUUUGCGUUGCGGGACGGGCAAAGAGGGACAACAGGACGUUGUUGCAUCUGCUUCACGCAGGCAGGCGGAAUCAUUGCGUCAGUGGCGCACGCAGGGCAGGCUUGUGCGCUCGGCGGAUGAGUUAGAGGCGCAGAGGAGAGAGAGGAAAAAGUUUGUGCGGAUCGGAGCGGCGCGACGCGGCGGGACGACGCGUUUCCCUCAGACUUUAUCUGAAGAAGUUCGGCUGGAAGGUCUCCCACCCUCCUUCCGCCCCUAGCACCAUGGAGCUGCUCUGCCUCGAAAUGGACACCAGCAUACGAGCCCGUCCGGACCCGAACCUCCUGCGCGAUGACAGAGUUCUGCAGAGGCUGCUGACCAUCGAGGAGAGGUUCCUGCCGCAGUAUUCUUAUUUCAAAGGCGUCCAGAAAGACAUUCAGCCCUUCAUGAGGAGGAUGGUCGCUACUUGGAUGUUGGAGGUCUGCGAGGAGCAGAAGUGCGAGGAAGAAGUUUUUCCUCUGGCCAUGAACUACCUGGACAGAUUUUUAGCGAUGGUUCCGAUCAAGAAAUGCAACCUGCAGCUGCUGGGCGCAGUCUGCAUGUUCCUGGCCUCCAAGCUGAAGGAGACGCGGCCGUUAACGGCAGAGAAGCUCUGCAUCUACACAGAUAACUCCAUCAGGCCGCAGGAGCUGCUGGAAUGGGAGCUGGUGGUUUUGGGGAAGUUGAAGUGGAACUUGGCAGCGGUGACGCCGAACGAUUUCAUCGAUCACAUCGUGCGGAGGCUGCCGCUGGCCGACGACAAGCUGGUUCUGAUCCGGAAACACGUCCAGACUUUCAUCGCUCUCUGCGCCACAGAUUUCCGAUUCGCCAUGUAUCCCCCCAUGAUCGCCACAGGAAGCGUGGGGGCGGCCAUCUGCGGCCUGCAGCUGGACUCGGCCGACCAAUCCCAGUGGGGCGACAGCCUGACGGACCUGCUGGCCAAAAUCACCAACACAGAGGUGGACGUUCUGAAGGAGUGCCAGGAGCAGAUCGAGCGCGUCCUGGAGAGCAGCCUGCGCGAGGGCCGGCAGCAACAGCAGCAGACGCAGCGGGGCCCCAGCGGGAAGGGCCUGGAGGAGCUGGACCAGGCCUCCACGCCCACAGACGUCCGCGACGUCAACUUGUGAAGCACCAGAGGGCGCCAUUGCACAGGAUUUCCAAGAAUCUUUUUUAAAAACACUUCCAAUCUUCAUAAAAGCAGAAAAAUAGAACAAAAGAGCAAAAAAUCAUUAAAAACACAAGGCCUUAAAGAAAUGCAAGGACAGUGCUGGCUAGUUUUGUAGUUGACCUUUUCUUCAAGUAAAAACAAAAACAAAAAAAAAAACACAAAAGCUCCUGCACAUGAAAUAGAUUUUGUCUGAAGCUCUCGUGCAAAAGCAACAAGCCUGAUGAAGCUGCAGUGCCUUGGAUGCAGAGAAGGGAAUCGUUCUGCCGCUGAAGCUGCAGACAGGACAAUUACAGAGAUCAUCCAUUUUCUAUUUUUAUUUGCAAAGAUGAGUUUUUCAUCGUCUGCAGGCAGUGGGAGAAGAGGACGCGUCCUGCCAGAUCGUCCACCUCUGGAGGGACAGAACUGUGUCGAGCAGACGGUCCUGUUGCCAGGAAACCGCUGGAACAAUAACGGUUAUUAGUAAUAUUUAUAAUUAUUGAUACCAUCAGAAAUAUUUUGGAACUUCAUGAGCUCCUUUGGUUCAGGCUGCUUGUUUGCAUCGGUUUGAGGAAAGAGUGUGUGUGUGUGUGUGAGGGUGUGUGUGUGUGUGAGGGGUGUGUGCAUGUGUGUGUGUGUGUGAGGGUGUGUGUGUGUGUGUGAGGGUGUGUGUGAGGGUGUGCAUGUGUGUGUGUGUGUGUGUGUGUGUGUGUGUGAGGGUGUGUGUGUGUGUGAGGGUGUGUGUGCAUGUGUGUGUGUGUGUGAGGGUGUGUGUGCAUGUGUGUGUGAGGGUGUGUGUGUGUGUGUGCAUGUGUGUGUGUGAGUGUGUGUGCGUGUGUGUGUGUGAGGGUGUGUGUGUGUGUGUGUGUGUGUGUGUGUGUGUGUGUGAGUGCGUGUGUGUGUGUGUGUGUGAGUGCGUGUGUGUGUGUGUGUGUGAGUGCGUGUGUGUGUGUGUUUCUCUGGGGGCCAUCAGACCCACUGUGGGGGUUUUGGUUUUCACAUUUAGAGAUACUGUAUUCCAAAGUGAAGAGCGGUCCGCGGUGUGAAGACAUCAACAACAAAAAGUGUGGAUAUUUUAUUUUGUUUUUGCGCUGCUAUGAGCUAUGAAUAUUUCAUUUAUACAAAAUAACAUUACCUAGUUGUGAUGUGUCACUUGUGUGCUGCUAUUUUAUAAACAUUUGUAUUAUAAUUAUUUUACUGCUUAAAAGAUACAUCCAGAAACAAAGUAGAAGGUUUUAGAAGGUGAAGCGAGUAUUUGACUGGAAAUGUUCCAUUUCAUUUCCUGUUUCCGUCACAUUCUUCUUCAGGGCGUUCCAUGCCUCAGGAUUACUGUCACACACAGAUCCGUCACAUUUACCUCUGCAGAGGCAGGAGGAAGCAUUCCUACUGUUUCCAGGAGCAACAACAGGAAUGAAGCGAGGCUUUAGCUGGACUUUGACCGCAACAGGAAGAGAGGAGCAAACUUCCUGAACCGCCAUGCAUGUUCAUGCUUGUCUGUGUUGGUGCUACAGCUGACUUGUUCUGUGCUACAGAGGGGAAAGUCCCCAGAAUGGCCAAAGUUUCUGCUUUCCAUGUCUAUGAUCACCAUGAAUGUCAUGAAUAAAAAUGGAUUCUGUAUGUGA